ACAUGUAUUUGUCAAAUUUCAGGUGUUUUAGAUUUAAUAUUGGAGAAAAGGCCAGAUUGGAUCCUUUACCAGGAUGAAGAACAAGACUCCACUCCAUUGGGCAGCAUCCAUGGGCUACCUUGAAGGUGUUCGUAACCUGCUUGGUAAAAAUACUUCCACUGCCAUGGAAAGAGAUAAAGAUGGUUUCUUCCCGAUUCACACGGCUUCCGCCAAAGGUCAUGUUCAUGUCAUUCAGGAGUUGCUACAGCAUUCGCCAUAUGUAGAAGAGAUGCAGAACAGUAAAGGUCAGAAUAUUCUUUAUGUUGCAGCUACAAGUGGGAAACUUAAUGUAAUUAAGUACAUUCUUGAAACUCCUGGACUGGAGUCGCUUAUAAACGAAAGGGAUAAGGAUGGAAACACACCCUUGCAUUUGGCCACCAUGCACUGGCAUCCCAAACUUGUGAGUGCUCUAACAUGGGAUAACAGGGUGGACCUGAGGUUCGUUAACAAUGAUGGAUUAACAGCUCUUGAUAUUGCUGAAUGCUACAUGGAAAACUCGUCAACCUUUCGACAGCGGCUAACAUGGACUGCAUUCAAAGCUGCUGGUGUGCCAUGGAACCCCAAUGCCAGUGCUCAAAAACAAGGUUCUAAUUUGUCAGGGCUGCAGAGCAGAGACAACUAUAAAGACAGCCAACACGCUUUUAUUGGUGUCUACCCUUGUUGCCACAGUGACCUUUGCUGCUGGAUUCACAAUACCUGGUGGCUAUAACUCCUCUGGUGAUG